UGCAUAUGAACACACUCUAACAUAAUUUUCCCAAUUACACUUUUUAGAGAAGGAGAAGAAGCGCGCUCUGAAACAUCAGAAGGAGGAGGAGAAGAAGAAGGUCACCCGAACUGCCCAAACGGUCGAGGAGGCUUUGAGUGGCAUCAAGGAGGAGGAAUUCCCCACAUCGAUGGAGGAGCGUGAAAAGUUCUGCAUGGAGCAGCUCUCUUCAGGCGAGGCUUUGUUCACCCAAGGUCCUGAGGGAUACGACAUGGCCGCAAUUUGUUUCUACAAGGCCCUGAAGGUCUACCCAGCCCCCGCAGAACUGGUGAUGGUGUACCAAAAGACUAUCCCUCCUGAGGUCUUUACCUUGGUGAUGGGUAUGUUGAGCAUGGAUGUCCAAAAGAAGCAGGAGAAGUAUUACACGGUUUUUCCACCCAAGGAAAUGAACGUCAAGAUCGAGGAGCUGGCUGAAGGCGUCACGGCAGAGGGACAGAAGGUCGUCCGCCGCGGAUUGGUGGCCACCAAGGACUUUACUGCUGGCGAGACCAUUUAUUCGGAGACACCUAUCAUCAGCUCCUUGGAACCUUCGUUGGAGGGCAACGACUUCUGCCAUUACUGCUUGAAGCAGAUUGAGGAGAGUGCCAAGGUCCGCUGCGCUACCUGCUCCAAGGUUGUUUUCUGCUCCGAGACUUGCGAGAAGGCUGCCACAACCGAGUUCCACGCUGUCCUCUGCACCAAGGAUUCUGAAGAUGCCCACAACCCUGAGCGCGCUUUAUCCGACUACACCAAGGAGACCAAUAACAAGUACCCGGAGAUGAUUGCGAAGUUCUUGGUGCGCAUGGUUCACGAGGAGACUCUGAACAGCGGCGAAGAAUAUAACUUGUUCGAUCACAUCGAGCGUCUCCGCUUCUUGGAGGUUCGUCCCUCGGCUGCAGAGGAGAAGGAGAUUGCACUGCUCAAGCUCGCACUUGGAUCUAAGAUUCCUGGCAUCGAGGAGUUCAUCAACGAGGAGCGCUAUUUGACACUCAAGGGCAAGCUGCUUUACAAUGCUUACGGAGUUUCAACCUCAUUGGAUGCUAGCAGAUCUGUCGAGCCCUCGCCUGAGCAGUAUCGCAGUGUGCAUGAUGCCCCCGUUGUUGGAGCUGGAUUUUACAGGGUCACAUCGUACGUUUCGCACUCGUGUGAGCCUAAUACCAAGGUCGCGUUCUUGGAGCACACCAACAACAUGUCCGUUGUAGCCACGAGGGACAUCAAAGCUGGCGAGGAGCUCCACGUUGGAUUCAUCGACCAGAAAAAUGGCACCCUUUCGACUGAGCAGCGCCGCCAGGAGCUUUUCCAGCACUACCGCUUUAAGUGUAUGUGCCCCCGUUGCGAGACCACUGAGUAAUGCGCAUGUAGAUUGUAUUUAUCACCAGAGCGGACAGAGGAUUGCAUUGCAGCAGAAUCGGGUUUAUUCAGCAUCACCCCAGUAGACAUUAAAAAAGGAAUCAAAUUGUAUAUUC